UAAAAUAAUUAAUAAAAUGAAAAUACUAGCUCAUAAAGUUCAAAUAAACAGACUAAUAUGGAAAAAUAACACAAAAUAUUUUAAUUAUCAACACAAAUAAAACCUCUAACAUAAGAAGAAUAAUAAUAUAGAGAAAAAGAAUUAGAUAAAUAAUUUUAAAUAUAAGUUAAUUAAUAAAAUUAAAAUUAUUUAAAGUCUUUAAAUUAAUUAUCUUCUAGAUUUGGAAAUAGUUCUUAAUCUAUUUUACCUUAUAUUGGGAAUAAUAAACCUUCCGAUUCUUGUUAAUAAUUUCUUAAUAUUAAAAAUAAUACUUUUGUUACUGAUAGUAUUGGAAAUACACUAUAAGUUCCUUAAAAUAUGUAUUAGUUAACAAAUGCAAAUACUAUCAAAUCAGAAUAAGAAUCUGGUAAUAAUUAAAGUAUUUCAUAUAUUUUAGAAUUAAAUGAAAAUUUAAUUUAAAUUUAAGAAAAAAGAAAAUAUAAUA